UGGGAACAGGCAGUGGACAAACUGUUAGAUGCCUCAACUCAGAACUCAGUAUUUAAGCACACAAGAGUUAGCUCAAAGCUAUUGCAUUAAUUGGAUUCAUCAAUGGAUGCCCGUACAGUAAAGUAAAUUCCAUUAACAGACCCCUGACUGGACAGAGAGCCUGGUCCAGAUAAACACCAGAUCAUCACAUUUCACAAUUAACUGUGCUGUGAAGGUGAGAAUUUCCCCGAUAGUUCACUGUCCCCCAAAUGUCCCGUACUGGACAACCUCCCACUACUGUCACAGCUGUUAUUUAUUCCUGUGGAAGAAACUUUUAAUCCCCAGUGUUGAUGUGGCGUAUAGAGAUGGAGAAAAGGGUAGUGGGCAUUCUGUAAAAGGAACAGGUCGGGGAAUCACAACACCCCCUCCCCUCUCACCAUCACUGAUUCAAAAUACAAAGUGGUAGCUUUGCUGAUCAGCACCUGCACUGUGGGUGGGUGGUUGGGGUGUGUGGGAUCAUAAAGUGUGUUCGAAUCCUGUCAUGGUUGUUUGGACCCUGUCUGGACCCUGCCAGGAGUGUGUGGGAUCCGACAGAGUCUCAGGACCCUGUCAGGGGUGUGUGGGGUCUCACAGUGUGUCAGGACCCUGUCAGGUUCGUGUGGGGUUGCACUGUUUGUCAGGACCCUGUCAUGGGUGUGUGGGGUCUCACAGUGUUUUAGGACCUUGUCAGAGGUGUGUGGGGUCUCACAGUUUGUCAGAACCCUGCCUGGAGUAUGUGGGGUGUCACAGUGGGUCAGGACCCUGCCAGGGACGUGUGGGUCACACAGUGUUUUAGGACCCUUAUAGGGGUGUGCGGGGUAUCACAGUGUGUCAGGACGCUGUCAGGGUUGCGUGGGGUCUCACAGUGUGUCAGGGCUCUGUUAGAUGUGUGCAGGGUCUCAGAGUGUGUCAAGAACAUGUCAGGGACAUGUGGGGUCUCGCAGUGCGUCAGGACCCUGUCAGGAGUGUGUAUGGUCUCAUGGUGUGUCAGGACCCAGUCAGGGAUGUCUGUGGUCUCAGUGUUUCAGGACACUGUCUGGGGAUAUUUAGGACACUGACAGUGGCGUUUGGUGUCUCACAGUGUGUCCGAACACUGUCAGGAGUGUGUGGGGUCUCACAGUGUGUGAGGACCUUGUCAGUUGUGUGUGGGUCCGGACAGUAUGUCAGGAACCGGUCAGGUGUGUAUGGGUUCUCUCAGUGUGUCAAGACCUUGUCAGACAUGUGUGGGGUGUCACAGUGUGUCAGGAACCUGCCAGGGACGUAAAGGGUGUCACAGUGUGUCAGGACCCUGUCAGGGGUGUGUGGGGUCUCACAGUGUGUCAGGACCCUGUCAGGGGUGUGUGGGGUCUCACCGUGUGUCAGGACCCUGUCAAGGGUGUGUGGGGUCUCACAGUGUGUCAGGACCCUGUCAGGGACUUGUGGGGUUUCACAGUGUGUCAGGAACCUGUCAGGGACGUGUGGGGUCUCAUGGUGUUUCAGGACCCCGUCAGGGGUGUGUGGGGUCUCACGAUGUGUCAGGACCCUGUCAGGGACGUCUGUGGUCUCACAGUGUUUCAGGACACCAUCCCAGCUGAUUUAGGACACUGAGAAUGAUGUGUUGUGUCUCACAGUGUGUCCGGACCCCGUCAGGAGUGUGUGGGGUCUCACAGUGUGUGAGGACCUUGUCAGUUGUGUGUGGGUCCGGACAGUAUGUCAGGAACCGGUCAGGUGUGUAUGGGUUCUCACAGUGUGUCAAGACCUUUUCAGAUGUGUGUGGGGUGUCACAGUGUGUCAGGAACUGCCAGGGACGUAUAGGGUGUCACAGUGUGUCAGCACCCUAUCAGGGACGUGUGCGGACUCACAGUGUGUAAGGACUGUGUAAGGACUCUGUCAGGUACUUGUGGGGUUUCGCAGUGUGUCAGGAUGCUGUCAGGGGUGUGUGGGUCUGAUGAUGUAUCAGGACCCUGUCAUGGAUGUGUGGGGUCUCACAGUGUGUCAGGACCCUGUCUGGGGUAUGUGCUGCCUCACAGUGUGUCAGGACCCUGUCAGGGGUGUGUGGGGUCUCACAGUGUGUCAGUACCCUGUCAGGUGUGUGUGGGGUCUCUCAUUGUGUCAGGACCCUGUCAAAAGUGUGCGGGGUAUCACAGUAUGUCAGGACGCUGUCAAGAAUGUAUGGUGUCUCACAGUGUGUAUGGACGCUGUCAGGGACUUGUGGGGUUUCACAGUGUGUCAGGACGCUGUCAUGUGUGUGUGGGGUAUCUCAUUGUGUCAGGAACCUGUCAGGGACGUGUGGGGUCUCAUGGUGUUUCAGGAACCUGUCAGGGGUGUGUGGGGUCUCACAGUGUGUCAGGACCCUGUCAGGGGUGUGGUGUCUCACAGUGUGUCAGGACUCUGUCAGGUGUGUGUGGGGUCUCACAGUGUGUCAGGACCCUGCAGGGGUGUGUGGUGUCUCACAGUGUGUCAGGACUCUGUCAGGUGUGUGUGGGGUCUCACAGUGGGACACGAUCCUGUCAGGGGUGUGUGGCUUCUGACAGUGUGUCAGGACCCUGUCAGGUGUGUGUGGGGUCUCACAGUGGGACACGAUCCUGCCAAGGUUGUGUGGGGUUUCACAUUGUGUCAGGACCCUGUCAGGGACAUGUGGGGUCUCAGAGUGUGUCAGGACACUGUCAGGGACGUGUGGGGUCUCAAAGUGUGUCAGGACACUGUCGGGGACGUGUGUGGUCUCACACUGUGUCAGGACCCUGUCAGGGGUGUGUGGAGUCUUACGGUGUAUUAGGACUCUGUCAGGUGUGUGUGGGGUCUCACAGUGUGUCAGGGCCCUGUCAGGAGUGUGUGGGGUCUCAUGGUCUGUCAGGACACUGUCAGGGAUGUCUCUGGUCUCACAGUGUUUCAGGACACUGUCUGGGGUGAUCUAGGACACUGACAGUGGUGGUGUUUAGUGUCUCACAGUGUGCCAGGACCCUGUCAGGGGUGUGUGGGGUCUCACAGUCUGUCAGGACCCUGUCAGGGGUGUGUGUGGUCUCACAGUGUGUCAGGACCUUGUCAUGGGUGUGUGGGGUUUCACAGUGUGACAGGACCAUGCUAGGUACUUGUGGGGUUUCACGGUGUGUCAGGACGCUGUCAGGGGUGAUUUAGGACACAGAGUGGUGUGUGGGGUCUCACAGUGUGUCAGGACCCUGUCAGGGUGUGUGUGGUCUCACAGUUUGUCAGCACACCGCCAAGGUUUUUUGGGGUCUCACAGUGUCAGGACCCUGUCAGGGACAUGUGGUGUGUCACCGUAUGUCAGGAACCUGUCAGGGGUGUGUGGUGUCUCACAGUCUGUCAGGACCCUGUCAGGGGUGUGUGGGGUCUCACAGUGUGUCAGGACACUGUCAGGUCUGUGUCGUGUCUCACAGUCUGUCAGGAACCUGUGAGGCGUGUGUGGGGUCUCACAGUGUGUCAGGACACUAUCAUGGAAGUCUGGGGUAUCACAGUGCUUCAGGACACUGCAAGGUGUGUGUGGGUUCUCACAGUCUGUCCGAAACCUGUCAAGGGUUUGCAAGGUCUCACAGUGUGUCAGCACCCUGUCAGGGACGGUUGGGGUCUCACAGUGUCUCAGGACCCUCUCCGGUUGUGUGCGGUCUCACAGUGUGUCAGGAUCCUGUCAGAAGUGUGUGGUGUCUCACAAUGUGUCAGGACCCUGUAAGGGUUGUGUAGGGUCUCAUUGUCAUACUGUCAUACUUCUGGGGUUUCACAUUGUGUCAGGAACCUGUCGGGGUGUGUGGGUUAUCACAGUAUGUCAGGACGCCCAAAAGAGUGUGUGGUGUCUCGCAGUGCGUAAGGACCUUGUCAGGGACUUGUGGGGUUUCACAUUGUGUCAGGAGUGUGUGGGGUCUUACGGUGUGUCAGGACCGUAUCAGGGGUGUGUGGGUUCUUACAGUGUAUAAGGACACUGUGAGGGGUGUGUGGGUUCUGACAGUGUGUCAGGACCCUGUCAGGGUUGUGUGGGGUCUCACAGUGUGUCAGCACCCUGUCAGGGACGUGUGCGGACUCACAGUAUGUAAGGACUCUGUCAGGUACUUGUGGGGUUUCACAGUGUGUCGGGAACCCGUCAGGGAUGUGUGGGGUAUCACAGUAUGUCAGGAUGCUGUCAAGAGUGUGUGGGGUCUCACAGUGUGUAUGGACCCUGUCAGGGACUUGUGGGGUUUCACAGUGUGUCAGGAACCUGUCAGGGACGUGUGGGGUCUCAUGGUGUUUCAGGACGCCGUCAGGGGUGUGUGGGGUCUCACGAUGUGUCAGGACCCUGUCAGGGACGUCUGUGGUCUCACAGUGUUUCAGGACACCAUCCCAGCUGAUUUAGGACACUGAGAAUGAUGUGUUGUGUCUCACAGUGUGUCCGGACCCCGUCAGGAGUGUGUGGGGUCUCACAGUGUGUGAGGACCUUGGCAGUUGUGUGUGGGUCCGGACAGUAUGUCAGGAACCGGUCAGGUGUGUAUGGGUUCUCACAGUGUGUCAAGACCUUGUCAGAUGUGUGUGGGGUGUCACAGUGUGUCAGGAACUGCCAGGGACGUAUAGGGUGUCACAGUGUGUCAGGAUCCUGUCAGGGGUGUGUGGGGUCUCACAGUGUGUCAGCACCCUAUCAGGGAUGUGUGCGGACUCACAGUGUGUAAGGACUGUGUAAGGACUCUGUUGGGUACUUGUGGGGUCUCACAGUGUGUCAGGACCCUGUCUGGGGUAUGUGCUGCCUCACAGUGUGUCAGGACCCUGUCAGGGGUGUGUGGCGUCUCUCAUUGUGUCAGGACCCUGUCAGAAGUGUGCGGGGUAUCACAGUAUGUCAGGACGCUGUCAAGAAUGUAUGGUGUCUCACAGUGUGUAUGGACGCUGUCAGGGACUUGUGGGGUUUCACAGUGUGUCAGGACGCUGUCAGGGGUGUGUGGGGUAUCUCAUUGUGUCAGAAACCUGUCAGGGACGUGUGGGGUCUCAUGGUGUUUCAGGAACCCGUCAGGGGUGUGUGGGGUCUCACAGUGUGUCAGGACCCUGUCAGGGGUGUGUGGUGUCUCACAGUGUGUCAGGACCCUGUCAGGUGUGUGUGGGGUCUCACAGUGGGACACAAUCCUGUCAGGGGUGUGUGGCAUCUGACAGUGUGUCAGGACCAUGUCAGGGUGUGUGGGGUCUCACAGUUUGUCAGCACCCUGCCAAGGUUGUGUGGGGUUUCACAUUUUGUCAGGACCCUGUCAGGGACAUGUGGGGUCUCAGAGUGUGUCAGGACACUGUCAGGGACGUGUGGGGUCUCAAAGUGUGUCAGGACACUGUCGGGGACGUGUGUGGUCUCACACUGUGUCAGGACCCUGUCAGGGGUGUGUGGAGUCUUACGGUGUAUUAGGACUCUGUCAGGUGUGUGUGGGGUCUCACAGUGUGUCAGGGCCCUGUCAGGAGUGUGUGGGGUCUCAUGGUCUGUCAGGACACAGUCAGGGAUGUCUCUGGUCUCACAGUGCUUCAGGACACUGUCUGGGGUGAUCUAGGACACUGACAGUGGCGUUUAGUGUCUCACAGUGUGCCAGGACCCUGUCAGGGGUGUGUGGGGUCUCACAGUCUGUCAGGAACCUGUCAGGGGUGUGUGUGGUCUCACAGUGUGUCAGGACCUUGUCAUGGGUGUGUGGGGUUUCACAGUGUGACAGGACCAUGCUAGGUACUUGUGGGGUUUCACGGUGUGUCAGGACGCUGUCAGGGGUGAUUUAGGACACAGAGUGGUGUGUGGGGUCUCACAGUGUGUCAGGACCCUGUCAGGGUGUGUGUGGUCUCACAGUUUGUCAGCACACCGCCAAGGUUUUCUGGGGUCUCACAGUGUCAGGACCCUGUCAGGAGUGUGUGGUGUCUCACAGUCUGUCAGGACCCUGUCAGGGGUGUGUGGGGUCUCACAGUGUGUCAGGACACUGUCAGGUCUGUGUCGUGUCUCACAGUCUGUCAGGAACCUGUGAGGCGUGUGUGGGGUCUCACAGUGUGUCAGGACACUAUCAUGGACGUCUGGGGUAUCACAGUGCUUCAGGACACUGCAAGGUGUGUGUGGGUUCUCACAGUCUUUCCGAAACCUGUCAAGGGUUUGCAAGGUCUCACAGUGUGUCAGCACCCUGUCAGGGACGGUUGGGGUCUCACAGUGUCUCAGGACCCUCUCCGGUUGUGUGCGGUCUCACAGUGUGUCAGGAUCCUGUCAGAGGUGUGUGGUGUCUCACAAUGUGUCAGGACCCUGUCAGGGUUGUGUAGGGUCUCAUUGUCAUACUGUCAUACUUCUGGGGUUUCACAUUGUGUCAGGAACCUGUCGGGGUGUGCGGGUUAUCACAGUAUGUCAGGACGCCCAAAAGAGUGUGUGGUGUCUCACAGUGCGUAAGGACCUUGUCAGGGACUUGUGGGGUUUCACAUUGUGUCAGGAGUGUGUGGGGUCUUACGGUGUGUCAGGACCGUAUCAGAGGUUUUUGGGUUCUUACAGUGUAUAAGGACACUGUGAGGGGUGUGUGGGUUCUGACAGUGUGUCAGGGCACUGUCAGGGGUGUGUGGUGUCUCACGCUGUGUCAGGACCCUGUCAGGGAUGUGUGGGGUCUCACAGUGUGUCAGCACCCUGUCAAGGACGUGUGGUGUCUCACAGUGUGUCAGGACCCAGUCAGGAGUGUGUCGGGUCUCACAGAGUUCCAGUCCCCUAACAGGGGUGUGUUGGGUCUCACAGUGUGCCAGGACCGUGUCAGACGUGUGCAGGGUCUCACAGUGUGUCAGAAACCUGUCAUAGCGUGUGGUGUCUCACAGCGUGUCAGUACCGUGUCAGGCGUGUGUCGGGUAUCACAGUGUGUCAGGACCCUGCUAGGAGUGUGUGGGGUCUCACAGUGUGUCAGGACACUGUCAGGGACGUUUGGGGUGUCACAGUGUGUCGGGAACCUAUCAUGGUUGUGUGGUGUCUAAGAGUGUGUCAGGACCCUCUCAUGGAUGUGUGGGGUCUCACAGUCUGUCAGCACCGUGUCAGGGACGUGUGGGGUCUCACAGUGUGUCAACACCCUGCCAGGGUGUGUGGGGUCUCACAGUGUGUUUGGACACUGUCAGGGACGUGUGGGGUCUCACACUCUGUCAGGACCCUGUCAUGGAUGUGUGGGGUCUCACAGUGUGUCAGAACCCUGUCAGGGGUGUGUGCGUUCUCACAGUGUGUCAGGACCCUGUCAGGGAUGUGUGGUGUCUCACAGAGUGUCAGGACACUUUCAGGGACAUCUGGGGUCUCACAGUGUGUCAGGACCCUGUCAGGGGUGUGUGCGGUCUCACAGUGUGUCAGCACCCUGUCAAGGACGUUUGGGGUAUCACAAUGUGUCAGGACCCUGUCAGGAGUGUGUGGUGUCUCACCGUGUGUCAGGACCCUAUCAAGGAUAUGUAAUAUCUCACAGUGUGUCAGGACCCUGUCAGGUGUGUGUGGGUUCUCACAUUGUGUCAGGACUCUGUCAGGAGUGUGUGGUGUGUCAGGGCCCAAUCAGGUUUGUGUGGGUUCUCACAUUGUGUCAGGACUCUGUCAGUAGUGUGUGGUGUGUCAGGGCCCAAUCAGGUUUGUGUGGGUUCUCACAGUGUAUCAGGACACUGUCAGUGGUGUGUGGGUUCUGACAGUGUGUCAGCAACCUGUCAGGUGUGUGUGGCGUUUCACUGUCUGUCAGGAACCUGUCAGGGGUGUGUGGGGUCUCACAGUCUGUCAGGAACCUGUCAGGUGUGUGUGGGGUUUCAGAGUCUGUCAGGAACCUGUCAGGGGUGUGUGGGGUCUCACAAUGUGUCGGGACCCUGUCAGGGGUGUCUGGGGUCUCAGAGUGUCUCAGGACCCUGUCAGGGGUGUGUGGCGUCUCAUGGUGUGUCAGGACACUGUCAGGUGUGUGUGAUUUCUCACAGUGUGUCAGGACCCUGUCAGGUGUGUGUGGUGUCUCACAGUCUGUCAGGAACCUGCCAGGGGUGUGCGAGGUAUCACAGUGUGUCAGGACCCUGGCAAGGGGGUGUGGGGUCUCACAGUGCGUUUGGACACUGUCAGGGACGUGUGGGGUCUCACAGUCUGUCAGGACCCAUUCAUGGAUGUGUGGUGUCUCGCAGUGUGUCAGGAUCCUGUCAGGGGUGUGUGGUGUCUCACAGAAUGUCAGGACACUUUCAGGGACAUCUGGGGUCUCACAGUGUGUCAGGACCCUGUCAGGGGUGUGUGGGGUCUCACAGUGUGUCAGCACCCUGUCAGGGACGUUUGGGGUAUCACAGUGUGUCAGGACCCUGUCAGGAGUGUGUGGUGUCUCACCGUGUGUCAGGACCCUAUCAAGGAUAUGUAAUAUCUCACAGUGUGUCAUGACCCUGUCAGGUGUGUGUGGGUUCUCACAUUGUGUCAGGACUCUGUCAGUAGUGUGUGGUGUGUCAGGGCCCAAUCAGGUUUGUGUGGGAUCUCACAGUGUAUCAGGACACUGUCAGUGGUGUGUAGGUUCUGACAGUGUGUCAGCAACCUGUCAGGUGUGUGUGGGGUCUCACAGUCUGUCAGGAACCUGUCAGGGGUGUGUGGGGUGUCACACUGUGUCAGGACCCUGUCAGGGAUGUCUGUGGUCUCACGGUGUUUCAGGACCCUGUCAGGGGAGUGUGGGGUCUCCCAGUGUGUCAGCACCCUGUCAAAGUUGUGCAGGGUCUCACGGUGUGUCAGCACCCUGUCAAAGUUGUGCAGGGUCUCACAGUGUGUCAGGACCCUGACAGGGGUGUGUGUGGUCUCACAGUGUGCCAGGCCCCUUUCAUGCAUAUGUGUCGUCUGACAAUGUGUCCGGGACCUGUCAGGGGUGUUUGGGGACUCGCAAUCUGUCAGGACGCUGUCAGCAGUCUGUGGGGUUACACCGUCUGUCAGGACCCUGUCAGGGACGUGUUGGGGGUGUCACAGUGUGUUAGGACCCUGUCAGGAGUGGAUGGGGUCUCACAGUGUGUCAGGACAUUGUUAGGGUCUUGUAGGGUCUCACAUUGUGUCAAGACCCUGUCAGGGGUGUGCGGGGUCUCACAAUAUGUCUCGACUCCGUCAGGGGUGUGUGGGGCCUCAAAGUGUGUCAGGACCCUGUCAGGAGUGUGUGGUGUCUCACCGUGUGUCAGGACCCUAUCAAGGAUAUAUAAUAUCUCACAGUGUGUUAGGACCCUGUCAGGUGUAUGUGGGUUCUCACAUUGUGUCAGGACUCUGUCAGGAGUGUGUGGUGUGUCAGGGUCCACUCAGGUUUGUGUGGGUUCUCACAUUGUGUCAGGACUCUGUCAGGAGUGUGUGGUGUGUCAGGGUCCACUCAGGUGUGUGUGGGUUCUCACAGUGUAUCAGGACACUGUCAGUGGUGUGUAGGUUCUGACAGUGUGUCAGCAACCUGUCAGGUGUGUGUGGGGUCUCACAGUCUGUCAGGAACCCGUCAGAGGUGUGUGGGGUCUCACAAUGUGUCAGGACCCUGUUAGGUGUGUGUCGGGUGUCACACUGUGUCAGGACCCUGUCAGGAACGUCUGGGGUCUCACAGUGUUUUAGGACCCUGUCAGGAGUGUUUGGGAUUUCCAUUCAAUGUAUUUGGCUGUGAUUGGGAGCGUAGGAAAACAUUGAUUGUGUAUAUAUUUACUUUAGAGAAUGUGAGAAUGGGAGAAAUGAUGUUCUUCAAUAAUCAGGGAGUGUAUCUGUUUGAUAUUCAGAAAUGGUUGUGGGAAAUUCACUGUCGUGUCUGUUCCCUCGGCAAACAACAUGAGGAUUAGUGAAGAACAAGCUUGUGGCGAUUUACCAAACCCAUGGUGCAGGGAAACUGAGAGUUUUCAUUGACCGGAUGUGGACUGGAACAUCAUUAACAGAGGUGACAAAGACAUGAGUAGUUUGUAAACUUCCUGAUUCAUCUAUCUCUGGUCCCAGAUUUAAAUUAUUGUCUUUGGGAUUUGUUCUUGUAAAUGAAAGAGACUGAACCAGGAUUCUGGCCGAGAUUCCUUAUAUUUCUGUUAAGAGCUUCGAAUAAUCAGUGAAACAUGGGCUGAUGCAAUGUUAAUCAGUUUUGUGAUAUUUAUCUUUCUUACGCUCUCUCCUCUGUCCAACGCAGUCUGCGAUGAUGAAGCCCCACAAUCUCUGAGCCCAUGCACUGCCCCGGGCUCUAUUUUCACUGACGUGAUGGGCUUAUGGAUGUAGUGAGCUUCCCAUCCAGAUGGUCACAAUUUGACAAAUUCUAAUAUUAUUUACAGAUAGUAUCAGUCCUUUGCACCUUCCUUGCCGCGAUCCCACAACUCUCGGUUUAAAUGUCCUAAUUCCCAUCUCUCACCCUUCUACAGUGUCCAUCACACAACACCGGCAGACAGGAAUUUCAGCUUCUGUAGACUGAGCUGAGGAAUUUGUCCCCCAAUCUCACCCUCUCUAACACUGUAGCAGUGUUUGCACCAGGGAGUGCAGAUGUGAACACAGCAGUGUUCAUAUGCUGCUCUGUGGUUGAACAGACCGGUUGGGAUGUUACCUGCUUUUCUAACUAAAGUGCUGCUAUUGUUACUAUUCUGUGACUGGAACUUCAGUGCACGCCCAACUCUAAGAAAGGAUAAUCUGCAGGAACUGGGGGAGUUUGGAAAAUGGUUAAGGAUGAGGCUGUUCAGGAGGCUGGCUGGGAAGAGAAGGUUUUGACUGUUUGGUGUGUUUUUUUUUCCAUUCUCCGGAUCGCCUCCUUCUCCACUCAGACUCCGGUGGGGAUCUGUAGUUGCAGGUCCCAGAGCGGUGUGACCACUUUAGUCAAGCUCGCCAGCUCUCUGCCUCUUUCCUCAAAAUGUUCUUUGAAAUCUCUCCCUCUAGGAAACAUGUUUCCCUGUGUCUCACUGUGUUCUCUGUCACAGUGCCAACAUUUACCUGGUCAGAUCCUUGUGGCUCAACAACUUAACGACCCGAUGUAAAGUCCCACCGUUGGUGGAAACAGAGGUCAGGUUUCAACAUUAUGAACUCUGCUUCGGCCACAUCUGGGCCAUUGCGAACCGUUCCAAUCGUCCCACUACCGGAGGGAUUUUGAAAGUUUUGAGAGGGAGCAGACGAGAUUCACUAGGAUGCUGCCUGGUUUAGAGGGCAUUUGCUACCAUGAGAGGUUGGAGAAAAUUAGAUUGUUUUCUCUGGAUCAUCGGAGGCCGAGGGAGCUCUGACACAGGUUGACAACAUUAUGAGAGGCUUAGAUAGAGUGGACAGAGAGAAUAGGUUUCCUGGGGUUCAAAUGUCUAUUACUAGAGGGCCUGCAGUGAAGGUGAGAGGGGGUUGGAUUAAGAGGUAUGUGAGGGAUAGUUUUUUUUUUAAAUCAGAGAGUCAUGGAUGCCUGGAAAGGUGGUAGAGGCAAAUUGUUAGAGACUUCUAAGAGACAUUUGGAGAGGCACAUGGAUGUAAGGAAGAUGGACGCAUAUGGACAUGGUGUAGGAAGCAGAGAUUAGAGCUUGGGUGUGUCUGAUUUACUUCUUAGCUGUUUCGGCACAAUAUGAUAGGCCUAAUGGCUUAUCCCCGUGUUAUACUCUGCAAUGUUCAAUGCACGGUC